GGUUUGAAGUUGGAACUUCCGGUGUCGAGGCGAAAGCGAAACAAGAGACAACAUUGAUCAACAAAAACAAACUCAGCAGGAGUGCACACGUGUGGAAGAAACUGAAAUGGCUUCGAAAUUGGGCAGUAAGCAAAGUGAACAGUUGUUCUCAGCGACAGAGUUGGAGAAAUUGAGGAACGUCUUUGUGUACAUGGAUCAAAGAAAUGUCUCUAAGCUACCUGCGGACGACCAGCAACGUAAAAAGGAAAUGUUGGAGUUUUUAGAACUUUUAAGAAGUUUCUCUAAGAUGAGUGCAGUAUAUCAUCGACGCAGACAAACACACAAAUUGAAGGCUGACUUUAGAGACUUUUUGCCACGGUUCACUCACCUUCUUCGAGAGUGUGUGGUCAAUCAUCAGUGGCCACAGGCUCUCCAGCUCAUCCACGCACUGACAACUGAGCAUUACAGAGCUGACACCUCCAUUUAUCAUGUUGGAAUGGCAGCGUUGUACCAAGUUCAAGAAGACAGGACACCAAUGAUUGAUCAAUUUGUGAAACAAGUGUGUCGUUUACGACAAGUGGUUUCUGUGGAAGUGUACCUGGAUUAUCUUCUUUACCUCAUAAAUUUUGGCAGUCUGGAGGAGGCCAAAGAUCUCAUUCAGGAUAUGAAAAGAAGCACCUAUACAGUACAGAUAAAUACAGAAAAGCGUAGAGAGGCACAGACACUGUUUUAUGCUUACCAAGGUCUUGUUUUAUAUGUUGAGUGGAAGCUUAUGGUGUCAAGAGAACAGGAUCAAGACUUGGAUGAAGAUGUGGUCAGUCAAAUGAUGUCUCAGGGUAUGUCAUCUCAGGUUGCCAGGUCAACAGCGGAGAGUGCUAUGGAGUACUUGGUUGAGCUCAAGGACAAAGCAGGCAUCUUUGAUGUGUUUGUGACCAGCCUGGUAGAGAUGUACAACUAUUAUGACAUAGACGCCAGAGAGAUUCUUGAGACCUACAGAAAGAACAACCCUACUAAUCCUAAUGCACAUCGCUACAUGUUUGAGUUUGAGGCGUCGCAAGCUGCCAGUGCACAGACUCAAAUCGAUUAUUUGAAAAGCUUGAUGCAGCUUGACCCAAGUAAUCAACUGGCCCUCACACUGUUUGACCUUAUGGGUCCAGAAUGUGUGGAAGCAGUGGAAGUCCUGUUUGAUUAUCUGGAUUUUGACCACUGCAGCAAUGACCUGGAAGCUUGGAGCAGACUGGCCACAGCUUUGAAACAGUUGCCUGACAACAAUGAACUCCUCACUGUGGUCACAAAGUGCUGGGAAAUGCGGAAAGAUUGGUGGCCUCAAGUCAAGUUUGACAUUGUAGGGCAAGAUGCUGCAAACAAUAAAGACCUACGAAAGUAUCAACGAAGAGUGAAAAGAGCACUUCUAGAACUUGGUUGACAGCAUCACUCAUAAAUCUUCAAGUUCAAGGGAACCUUUCAGAAAUGAGGGAGAUGAGAGGCCGCAACACAUAAGAGAUGCCCCCAGUGUGUGACAUCCUCAACCUUAUGCACAGCGCAUGCCAUGGACCUGAGGCCAUAUAUGGGAAUGAACCCAGUAGAAUAUGAUCGCACAGAUCUGCCUCAAAUGUUUUUGAUUAUCUGUAUGUAUGCAAUGGUCUUGGCAGCAGUUGCUGUGUAAUUGUAUCUCCUGCAGAUGGACUCAUGAUAUAGUACUGGAAUAAACUCGAGUGAAACUGA